CCGCCCGCCGCCACGUCCUCCGCGCCGCGGCGCAGGACACGGCGGCCGCCGAGUAUGUCCCAGCGACACUCGGACAGCUCCUUGGAAGAGAAGCUGCUGGAAUACCGCUUCCACUCCGAGCUGCGGCUCGAUGCCAAGGGGAACCCGGCACCCGGGCUGCCCAUGGUCCGGGACUCCCUGCAGGUCAGGGACAAUGCCGCUUUCCAGCUGGACACCUCGGUGCCCCCACCUCUGUCCACUAAGGACGAGGAGCCACGGACCGUUGUCCUGAGCACGCAGAGCCCCGCGGCCCUCAAGAUGGGCACUCAGCAGCUGAUCCCCAGAAGCCUGGCCGUGUCCAGCAAGGCCAAGACCCCAGCCCGCCACCAGAGCUUCGGGGCGGCCGUGCUCAGCAAGGAAGCUGCCCGAAGGGAGCCCCGGCUCAUCUCCACCCCCAGCUUCUCCCUGGAUGACAUGGACAUGGACACGGGCCCCGAGGGAGCGCUCAGACGGCACCUGCGGAACCAAUCCUACCGGGCAGCCGUGCAGGGCCUGGGGGCGCCGGGUGGGGAGAGGACCCCCAUCCAGCUCAGCCCCAAGCUCCAAGCUCUGGCCGAGGAGCCCAGUCCGCCUCCUGUUCGGUGUCCGGCCAAGAAUAAGAGGACGCUGGGGCGGAAGCGAGCACACAAGGGCUCCUUCAAGGACGACCCCGGGUUCUACCAGGAGAUCCGGGAACGGGGCCUGAACACCAGCCAUGAGUCCGACGAUGACUUGGUCAGUGAACCAUCCAGCCCCAAUGGAACGGAAAAGGCGGGUGCCCCCAUCGUAGUCAAAAGCUACCGGCCUGCCCAGGUCACCUGGAGCCAGCUCCCAGAGGUGGUGGAGUCCGGCCUCCUGGACGAGCUGUCUGCUGAGGAACGCAAGCGGCAGGAGGCCAUCUUUGAGAUCCUCACGUCGGAGUUCUCGUACCAGCACAGCCUGGGCAUCCUGGUGGCCGAGUUCCUGCAGUCCAGGGAGCUGCGGGCCACCAUGACCCAGACGGAGCACCACCACCUCUUCUCCAACAUCCUAGAUGUCCUGAGUGCCAGUCAGAGAUUCUUCGAGGCCCUGGAGCAGCGGCACAAGGCGCAGGUCUGUGUGGAGGACAUCAGCGACAUCCUGGAGGAGCACGCCGAGAAGCACUUCCACCCCUACGUCGCCUACUGCUCCAACGAGGUCUACCAGCAGCGCGCCCUGCAGAAGCUGACGAACAGCAACGCCGCCUUCCACGAGGCCCUGAAGGAGAUCGAGAAGCGACCCGCGUGCGGGGGUCUCCCCAUGAUCUCCUUCCUGAUCCUCCCCAUGCAGAGGGUGACCCGGCUGCCCCUCCUGACCGACACUCUCUGCCUCAAGAGUCAAGGCCAUCCUGAGAGGUACAAGGCUGCCAGCCGUGCGCUCAAGGCUAUCAGCAAGCUGGUGCAUCAGUGCAACGAGGGCGCCCGCAAGAUGGAGCGCACGGAGCAGAUGUACGAGCUCCACGCGCGGCUGGACUUCGGCCGGGUCAAGUCCCUCCCGCUGAUCUCUGCCUCCCGCUGGCUGCUGAAGCGUGGGGAGCUUUUCGUGGUAGAAGAAACCAGGCUUUUCCGAAAACUGGCCAGCCGGCCCACAUGCUACCUGUUUCUGUUCAACGACGUUCUGGUGGUCACCAAGAAGAAGAGCGAGGACAGCUUCAUGGUUCAGGACUAUGCCCAGAUGGACCACAUCCGGGUCCAGAAGAUGGAGCCCUCUGACCCCAGCCUGCUGGGUGGCGGUGGCACCCGCAGCUCCUCGGUGCCACACCCCUUCCGGGUGACCCUGCUGCGCAACAGUGAGGGCCUCCAGGAGAAGAUCCUGCUGUCCUCCGACUCUGCGAGUGACCGGGCCCGGUGGAUCACGGCGCUCACGCACAGGGAGAGGCAGGGGCAGGGCCCCACCAACAAAGGAGACCUGCCCCAGGUGGAGAUCACCAAGGCUUACUUGGCCAGGCAGGCCGACGAGAUCUCACUGCAGCAGGCCGACGUGGUCCUGGUCCUGGAGCAGGAGGACGGCUGGGUCUACGGCGAGCGGCUGAGGGACGGGGAGACGGGUUGGUUCCCCGAGGACUUCGCCCAAAGCAUCACCAGCCGUGUGGCCGUGGAGGGCAACGUGCGUCGGAUGGAGCGGCUGCGGGUGGAGACGGAUGUGUAG